GCUCCACACAGCUCCAAUAAGCCCUGAGGUCGGGAGCCUUGAUGGAAAAUUACCUUGUGACCAAGACGGGAGGUCAGGGCUGGUAGAGGCAGACGCCACGCGAGCAGCAGCAGCAGCAGCAGCAGCAGCAGCAGCGGCACCGGCAGCAUGGCCCGCGUGUUCAGCUGAUCACAGGGGACUGGAGCAUGGAGAAGCCCGCGGUGGGACGCAGCGCGGCCACCUGUGGGUGGAGAGCCCUGCUGCUGCCUCAGCUCAACCGCCAGUCGCUGUACGUGUACGGCAGCGAGGUGGCCGUGGAGCAGGAGUGCGUCCGGCAGCUGGAGAGCGGCGUCUUCGUCAUCCACCCCUUCAGCCUCAUGAGUGAGGCGAUCAGACAAAGUGAAGGCAGAGAGGCUGUGACAUCACAGAGCAGUUAUUUGAGCCAGACGCUCAACCCGGACGAGGACACGUGCAGUUAUUGGAGCUACUACAUCAUGUGCAUGAUGGCCAUCACCUUCCUCAACCUGAUCGGCAUCCCCAUGGAGAUAGCGUUCCUGGACGAGAACAGCGGGCUCGCGUGGGAGGGCUUCAACGUGUUCUCCGACACGCUGUUCCUCAUCGACGUGGCCCUGAAUUUCCGCAUGGGCAUCAUCGCAGAGGACGGCGAGGAAGCGAUUCUGGAUAUCAAACAGAUCCGAAGCAAUUACCUGAGGACGUGGUUCGUACCGGACGUCAUAGCAGCUUUUCCGAUCGGAUACAUUCUGCUGUUCGCGGACUUAGAAUACCACAACGACGACAACCCCUCCAAGACCAACAAGAUGAUGCGGAUCCUGAUGUUCGUGAGGAUCCUCAGUCUGAUCCGACUGGCUCGAGUGUCCAGGCUCGUCAGGUUCUUCAACGAGGUGGAGAAAGUUUCAAAUGCCAACCUGGAGGUGGUCCGUCUGUUCUUCCGCGUGCUGUCUCUGUUCAUGAUGAUCUUCCUGCUGUGUCACUGGAACGGCUGCAUCCAGUACUUUGUCCCGAUGCUGGAGGAGUUUCCCACCGACUGUUGGGUCCGGAAAGAAAACCUGAUGAACUCCACAGUAAUCGUGAAGUACUCCUGGGGAGUGUUCCGGGCUCUUUCCCAGAUGAUCGCUCUCUCCUACGGGUCCAUGGACGCUCCAACAAAUUACGUUGAGAUGUGGAUCGUGAUGGUCAGCAUGGUCUCAGGCUGCCUCAUGUACACCGUGCUCGUGGCCAACGCCACCGCCAUGAUCGCCAACGUCGACCCGGCGGCCAAGGAGUACAAGAGCAAGAUGAGCCACCUGGAGCAUUACAUGGCUUUUAUGAAGCUGCCACCGGAGCUGCAGCUGCGCAUCAGCAACUACUACCAGGCCCGUUAUGGAGGGAAGUGGUUUGACGAGAAGGACAUCAUGAGCACAGUGUCGUCGGCGCUCAAAGAGCAAAUCCUGGCGGCGAUGUGCAGCCGGCUGCUCAGGAACGUGCCGAUGUUUCAGAACCGAGACGAAAACUUCAUCGGUUCCGUUGUCCUCAAGCUGCGCUACGAGGUUUUCCAGGAGGCCGACGUGAUCGUCCGACAGAACGUCCCAGGGGACCGGAUGUUCUUCAUCGACCACGGCCAGGUCCUGAUGGAGGCCGACUCCUACGAGAGGGAACUGUGCGAUGGAGACUUCUUUGGAGAGACGUGCGUGCUGACCAGAGGCAAACAUCUGGCCACGGCCAAGGCGCUGACCGACUGCCGCUGCUUCUCCCUGUCCUGUGAUGACUUCCAGGAGACGCUGGAGGGCUUCCCAGAUGUCAAGAAGGACUUGGAGCAAACGGCGGAGCUCAGCUCCGAUGGUGGACUUGUGUGAGAGCAGAAGCAGAGCUGACUUUGAAUUAGACCUCAGCAGUAAAGACGGCAGAGAUUUGGUCUCUGCUACAUGUUGCAACAGUGAUGUACAGAAAAUCAGUGCACGUCUCAGACGAGACCGAUUAAAAACACAUACUCUGGUUUCUACCAAAA